AGUGGGGCCGGGCCAGGUGGAUAAAUGGUGGGUCGGUGGCCCCACUCCAGCGGACACUCGCUGCCCGGCGUCAUGGCCUCUCCCCUGCGCUCGCUGUUCCUGCUGGCCACCUUGGCCCUGGCUAUGAGCUCCGUGCUCUGCGCGAGGUGGGGGUUGCAGCACCGACCCCCGCCGAAGCCCGCGCCGACGCCAGUGCCGACGGUCAACCCCAACGACAAGGAUGUGCAGCGGAUGUUGAGCUUCGCCAUGCGUGAGUACAACAUGAUAAGCAAAGAGCAGAACCUGCGACGACCUCUGAGGAUACUGAGCGCUCGCAAGAAGGUCGGGGAUGGGACGAACUACUACUUGGAGGUGGAGAUGGGCAAAACCAAAUGUACCAUGUCUCAGGCCAAGUUCUACGGCUGGUUCAGAUGUCCCUUCGAUCACAACAAGGAGACAAGACACUGCCGUUUCAUGGUACACAACAAGCCUUGGCUGAAUUCAACCACACUGAUGGACCUCAACUGCCACUACCCUUAGACCUCCGAUACUGCUUCAAGACUUUAGAUGCUCACCAGACUCCCCUGGUGGGAGUCCCCUCAGAAUACCAGACCCAGAAGAUGCAAAGAAUGCCUCUGUGUCACUUUAGGAACUGUUAACUUCAAGUCUCUUUUCAUUGCUUUCCAAAUGCCGAAGUGCACAUGCUCUGCACACAAUAAAAAGUAACACAUC